AUGCCUUCCGCAGAUUCAAAGCCGAGGACCCUGUACGACAAGGUCUUCGACCACCACAUCGUCAAUGAGCAAGAGGACGGUACCUGCUUGCUGUACAUCGACCGCCACCUUGUCCACGAGGUGACUUCUCCUCAAGCCUUUGAGGGCUUGAAGAAUGCCAGCCGUAAGGUCCGCCGGCCGGACUGCACCCUGGUGACCGUCGACCACAACAUCCCUACCAGCUCUCGGAAAAACUUCAAGAACGCUGAGGAGUUCAUCAAGGAGAACGACUCCCGCCUGCAAUGUACCACUCUCGAGGAGAACGUGAAGGACUUUGGUCUGACUUACUUCGGCAUGGGCGACAAGCGCCAGGGUAUUGUUCACAUUAUCGGCCCCGAGCAGGGGUUCACUCUGCCCGGUACUACCGUUGUCUGCGGUGACAGCCACACAUCCACCCACGGUGCCUUCGGUUCCCUCGCUUUCGGUAUCGGAACUAGUGAAGUCGAGCACGUCCUCGCUACCCAGACCCUCCUCACCCGCCGAAGCAAGAACAUGCGAAUCCAGGUUGAUGGUGAGCUCCCCGCCGGUGUCACCAGCAAGGAUGUCGUUCUUCACAUUAUUGGUGUCAUUGGUACCGCCGGUGGUACUGGUGCCGUUAUUGAGUUCUGUGGUUCCGUCAUUCGUGGCCUUAGCAUGGAGGCUCGUAUGUCUAUGUGCAACAUGUCUAUCGAAGGUGGUGCACGUGCAGGCAUGAUCGCGCCCGACGAGAUCACUUUUGAGUACCUGAAGGGACGUCCCCUUGCCCCCAAGUACGGCAGCGCCGAGUGGAACAAGGCCACCAACUUUUGGUCCACCCUCAAGUCCGACCCAGAUGCUCACUUCGAUGAGAACAUCUUCUUGGAUGGCAAGGACAUCAUUCCCACAAUCUCUUGGGGUACCUCCCCUCAGGAUGUCAUUCCUAUCAACGGUGUUGUUCCCAGCCCCGAUGAUUUCCAGGAUGAGGCUCGCAAGCUUGCCUGCAAGCGUGCUCUGGAGUACAUGGGUCUCGUCUCUGGUACUCCCAUGAAGGAGAUUCCAGUUGACAAGGUCUUCAUUGGAUCAUGCACAAAUGCUCGUAUUGAGGACCUGCGGGCUGCCGCCAAGGUUGUCAAGGGCCGCAAGGUCGCCGAUAACAUCCUGCGUGCGAUGAUUGUUCCCGGCUCUGGUCUGGUUAAGGAGCAGGCCGAGGCUGAGGGCCUGGAUAAGAUCUUCACUGACUCUGGCUUCGAGUGGCGCGAGGCUGGCUGCUCUAUGUGCCUUGGUAUGAACCCAGAUAUCCUGUCUCCCAAGGAACGUUGCGCCAGUACCUCCAACCGUAACUUCGAGGGUCGCCAGGGUGCUCAGGGCCGUACCCAUCUGAUGUCCCCUGCCAUGGCUGCUACUGCGGCCAUUGUUGGCAAGCUCGCUGACGUUCGGGAGCACUUCGUCCCCAGCCCUACCCUUGCCAAGACUGAGGAUGAACUUGAUCGCGUCUUGGAUGUUCCUGCCGACAAUGAGCCUCACACCAACUCCUCCGCUGGUGGCGGCGGCAAGAGCACCGGUCUUCCCAAGUUCAACGUUCUGAAGGGCAUUGCUGCUCCUCUGGACCGUUCCAACGUCGAUACCGACGCCAUUAUCCCCAAGCAGUUCCUCAAGACUAUCAAGCGUACCGGUCUGGGCACUGCUGCCUUCUACGAGCUCCGUUACCACCCGGAUGGUACGGAGAACCCCGACUUCGUUCUCAACCAGGGUAUCUACCGCAACGCCAAGAUCCUUGUUGUCACUGGACCCAACUUCGGAUGUGGUAGCUCCCGAGAGCACGCCCCCUGGGCUCUUCUCGACUUUGGUAUCAAGUGUAUCAUUGCCCCAUCAUUCGCCGAUAUCUUCUUCAACAACACCUUCAAGAACGGCAUGCUUCCCGUCGUUGUUGACGAUGAAGUUGCCCUGAAGAAGAUCGCCGACGAGGCUCACGCUGGUCGUGAAGUCGAGGUCGAUCUCGACAACCAAGAGAUCAAGGAUGCGGAGGGCAACAAGAUUGUUUCCUUCAACGUUGACUCCUUCCGCAAGCACUGCCUUGUCAACGGUCUGGAUGACAUUGGUCUGACUCUCGAGAUGGAGUCUAAGAUUCGCACAUUCGAGGCCCAGCGUACCCUCGACACCCCCUGGCUCGACGGCAGUGGCUAUCUCCGCCGUGGUACCCGCGGUGCCACUAGGAUCGAGGCCGCUCCGGUCCCCAAGACCAACCGCGGUGAUGUGAAGAACGAGCCUCUUGAGUGGUAA